AUGGCGGAACCGGAGCUGUCUUCCGCGGCGGACCCGUCUCUGCGGUCUCCGCGCUCGGCGCUGCUGUCGCUGUCAUUCCCGUUCCUGCGAGAAGGUAGCCGCGUUUGGGAGCGAGGCGCGCUGCAGCCCGGGGAGUUACCGAGCCCUCUGCCCACCAAACGAACGCGCACGUACUCGGCGACUGUUCGCGCAAACGCAGGUCCCGUCUUUAAGGGCGUGUGUAAAAACUUCUCGUGGUCGCAGGGUCACGGCUACAUCAGACCAGCUCACGGUGGAGAGGACAUCUUCGUACACGUCUCAGAUAUUGAAGGGGAGUACGUUCCUGUGGAGGGAGACGAGGUCACGUACAAGGUCUGUGCGGUCCCGCCCAAGAACGUGAAGGUCCAGGCCGUGGAGGUGUUCCUCACGCACCUCAAAGCAGGAACCAAACACGAGACCUGGUCGGGCCAGAUCAUCAGCCCCUAGGAUCCGGACUGCGGGGAGGCAGGAGGGUGGGCUUUCCCGGAAGAGAGAGCAAUGCAUCGUGGGAAGGCUUUUGAAAGCUGAAGGGUGCAGAGAAUGUUGAGUUCAGCAGACGAGCUGCGUUACGGGAACGUUUAGAUCUGAAACAGACUCUACGCAAGUGCACACAUGCAAAUAUUUCUAAUUAUUGC